AUGACAUUUAGCUAUCCACAAAAGCUGAGCGAAUUGGGUCAUUACGUUCUUAACAUUCAACGCCCAGCGUAUGGCGGUACCCCGAUGCCGUCUUCCACGAAGCCACUUCUCGACUCGAUUCCUCUCGUCACUGACUUGAUUGAUCAAGCGUAUCGGGGCCAUGCUGGUGCAAAGGGAGGAAUCAUUAUAGUUGGUCAUUCUGCCGGGGCUGCCUUAGCUGUCGCCAUUGCUGCUCAGUCAGACAGCCAACUGCCAAUCAUCGGAUUGAGCCUCUUGGGUUUAGUACCAACCCAUAGAGGGAACCUGCUUAUUCCAGAUCCAGACCCUGACCCGGAAAACCCACGGCUGUCAGGCGAAUCUAUGUCGCCCAUGGCCUCGGACUUCAUGGGGCCAUUGCAAUAUCUCAAUGCAAGAGUUUUCGGUGACGGUGCUAUGAUAAAGAUGAUCUUCGAGCCUUUGUCUCGUCCAGAGAUUCGAGAGUAUCCGGGACCCGAAUGGCACGCUAUGUUGGUAGACAACUUCAUGCCAGCAAUCAAGGUGCCUGUGCAAUAUUUAGCUACAGAAUAUGAGGGAGUCUGGACAGGAACAGCCGAAGGACAGCCGCUUUUUGAUGAUUUCACCAAGCGUUUCGUCAACUCGCCGGUUGUGGAAGCAAAGCUUUUAUCCAAAGGUGGCCACAGCUACGACUUCAGUCGGAAUGCAGGCGAACUUCAUGAUCUGAGAAUGAAAUUUAUCGCCCGACUAGUAAGGCCAUCAGAGACACCCAGUGACAGUAAUUAG